GGAUGAUGACACUCUUCUUCUGUUUCUGAUUCCCAUCUUUUCCUCUUUUCUCCUCUGAUGUAACAUUGCCUCCGUCUGUGAAGUAACUCAGCGAAUGACUGUCGUCUAGUGUCUUGAUUCUGCAAUUACGGGAGGAAGAGAAGAAAAAGAGAUGUGGAUUAUUGGGUGGAAAGGGCCUUCUGGAUUCUCUGCUCGCUCUACAGCUGAAGAAGUCACUCAGGAAAUCGAUGGAACAGGCCUCACUGCCAUCGUCACAGGUGCCUCUAGUGGUAUCGGCAUGGAGACUACAAGAGUUCUUGCAUUACGUGGAGUCCAUGUAGUUAUGGCCGUGAGGAAUGUGGAUGCUGGUAAGAGUGUCAAAGAAGCUUUACUUAAGGAACUCCCAUCUUCCAAGAUUGAUGUGAUGGAGUUGGAUCUCAGCUCUCUGGCAGCAGUUAGGAAAUUCGCAUCAGAUUAUCAAUCAUCUGGUCUACCCUUGGAUCUCCUUAUUAAUAAUGCAGGGAUAAUGGCAUGCCCCUUCAUGCUUUCCCAGGACAACACAGAACUACAGUUUGCAACAAACCAUAUAGGUCAUUUUCUUCUGACAAAUCUUUUGUUGGACACAAUGAAGCAAACGUCACAGGAAAGCAAUACAGAAGGAAGGAUAAUUAAUCUGUCCUCAGAGGCUCACCGCUUUGCAUACCAUGAAGGCAUUCGUUUUGACAAAAUCAAUAACGAAUCAGAGUACAAUAGUAUGCGAGCCUAUGGACAGUCGAAGCUCGCGAACAUAUUACAUGCUAACGAGCUUGCAAGGUGCUUGAAGGAAGAAGGGGUGCAGAUAACUGCUAAUUCACUUCAUCCUGGAGGAAUAGGGACCAAUCUUUUUCGCCACAGUAGCAUUCUCAAUGGUAUGCCAAUUUCGGCAUCUGCAGUCAGCCCAUCAAAAUUUCCCCAACAUUCAAGCCCUUUAAUCCAUGUUACUCACUGAAUCUGGUUGCUCAAAAUAAUGAACACAGGGAGCAGCAACUACAUGCUAUGCAGCUCUGCACCCACAAGUGAAAGGGGUCAGUGGCGAAUACUUUAUGGAUAGUAAUAAAGCUGAAGCAAGCUCUCUCGCACAAGACGCAGAACUGGGAAAGAAACUGUGGGAUUUCAGCAUAAGCCUGACCGAUCCUAAAUAAUAAGGUUUCUGCUUGAACAGAGUGUCUGUUGUUCUCUUAGU